UUGUUAUGUCAUUGCACUGGUCACUGAUUUUGAAUGCUUGUUUUGUUGUCGUAGGGCUGGGAGGAGGACCUGCUGCCUGAGGAGAGGGAGGUUCCUCUGCUAAACCUCUACCUUACCACCAAGAGAGUGGAGGACAUCGCCCUGAGGCUCGUCUCCCUGCGCCAGGCCUUCACUACCCUGCUUGGUUCCACCCUGAGCAGGAACCAUCUGUUUGUGGCGGGAAAGGUCCUCCUGGGCGGCCUUGUUCAGGCCAACCACAUGGACGAGGCCAAAUUCAUCCGUACCUAUAACGACUUUGUGGACUACCUGAGUGACCCCUCCAAGCGGAAUGACAUUGAGAGGGAGCUGACUGAGGCAAAGAUCCAUCAUGUGAACAUGACAGAUGUCCUCUUUGAGCUGGUGCUGUUUGGGAUGAUGACAGCUCAGAAGUCCCUGAUGGUGCACCCUGGUGGGUUCGUGGAGCGUCUGUACGCUCUCCUGUACUCCUUCCUGCCCACUGCUGCCAACAUGGAGCCAGAGGCUGACAGAUACCUGCUGCUUCACAAUGUAAGAGUCAAGAGGUUACUUCCUGUUUACUUCAAUAUUCUUAGUGUACUUCCUGUUUACUUCCAUAUUCAUGGUUAACCAGGUUUCAAUGCCAUUUUAGGGGGAGUAUUUCUAAUUGUCUCUCUCCUCUUGAUAAGCUAGUAACUCAGAGCCAUUUUCUAUGUGUUGUGUGGUGUUCUCUUCAGGGCGGGCUGAUGGCUCUGCUAGAUGACAUGUUUGGCCAGCAGCUGGCCGGGUAUUUUAACUCCUAGUCUCUGGUCACUGAGCUCUCCAGCCUCUUGGAGUACCACUUGGAGAACCUCAUGGCCAGCAUGUAGUCCUACUGCAGGGAGCAUACUCCUUUCUCCUUCUCUCUCUCUUUUGAAGGAAUUGAGGACUUGAAGUGCUUUGUUGAACCCUGAUUAGUUAACACCCAUUAAUUUAAUGUAUUCUCUUGUUUUCUCUCCCCACAGGAUUAUUGUGACACUUUGCCACCCAACAGGGAUCUAGACACCAAUGCACUACAUUACUUUGCACUGAAUUUGACAUUUUUAAAUAAAAUAAGUUGUAGUU